AUGUUCGGACAUCUAAAUUCCAGAUCUGCAACUCCGAACUCUCCCGACAUCUGGACAAAGUUCAGUCCAUUCAACAUCUCUUCUCUUCUACCCAAGAUUCUGGCUCUGUUUUGGUGUGGUAGAGAACACUCUAGCUCUGAUGGCGCCGAUGUCCCGAGAGAGUUUUGGUUGGGAACAAAUGUUAGAGGAAAUUGGUUCUUCUUUCUCCUGUUCCUUGCAGCUGUCAUUGCCACCCCUGCCGAUCACGGUCUGGGUGGCGGUCUCACUUACGCAGCUGCUGUUGAUCCCAGUUUUGGCGGUGGUCUCGGUCUUGGUAACUUCCAAGGUGGUGGCAGCUCAAGCAGCGCCAAUGCCAACAGCUUAUAUAGCGCUGGUGGCUUGAGCGGGUUUGGGUCCGGCGGCAGCAGCUUCUAA